CGACCAUGCACCGCAACUGAAUGAUCGGGGGCUGACCAGGAUGCGCCAGAGUUAAAAUAGCUCAGGUGAUGAUGCAGCAAUGAAGAUCGCUCACCGAGUCAAGUUGGCACGAUUGGUAUCUCGUUCUACAGGAUUCACCUUUGGGAUCACACAAGGACAUGAUGAGCGAACUUGAAUCGUCUGGCGCUGAUAUAGGACCAACAAGUCUCGGGAGUGGUCAUCCUUCUAUGAGCACCCAACCCUCGCAAAGGAGAUCCGACGUGACAACCUGGAAAUCAGAACCGCCGCAGAUUAUGAUGCUGCCAGACUUUUUGGUACGUUCGGAGUGGUCGCAAAUAAUGACAUGGCCCAGGGUCGCCGUUGAAGCUGCUCUGGCAAAUCUCGACGGCAGGCACUUAUCCUGCCAAAUGAUGAAAGGCAAACUCAGCACCGAAAUCCGCAUUCAUCGUCGCACAUCUCAUUCCCACCUCGCCGUGUUGACCAAUUCCGGCUGCUCGAAUGGACGAUGCGAGACAUGUGCGAAAAUAUGCGCAAAGUUGGAUUCGGCGUUUGUAACCAUUAACACAGGCCCGGGCGUAUUGGUCUCGCGCAAGACAACUCACCUGACGGUCCAUCUUCAAAUUAACACGUGACACGAACAUGGCUUCUUUUGUUGAGCCGUCACGAACUAGUAGGCUGAUGGUGUUCUCGUCCUUUCCCAUCCAUUCACAUGUCCUCGGGCCAGCUCGUAAUUGCCUCCAAUGUUUUGGUUUCCAAGCCCAGGCUGAAAUCUUUCUUCGGCCACCAGAGGAUUUUGCGAAUUCGUAAACAUGUCAUUUGUGGCACAUACUCGGG